CAGACCUCGUAACGCAGUCGCCAGAUACGAGACCUACACCGCCGCGACGCCACUCUUCCUUUGGCCACAAUGAAGUCGCUCCUCACCCGCGCCCGCCUCCCGCCGAUCGCCGAGGUCGUCGAUGAAGCCGACGCCGACGUGGCGAGCUGCCGGCGCCCGGCCGACUACAACGAUAUCUUUGCCAAGCGGCCGGUGCUCCUGCGGUCGCGCAGCGGCGACAGCUACGGCAUGCAGACGAUGCACUUCAUCUCGAUGGUCUUCUCGGUCGUCUGCAUUGAGAUUUGCAAGGGCGUGCUCCUCCGGCUCCUCGCGCUCGUCACGCUAUUCCUCAUGCUGCUCGUGUGCCACCAAUGGUACCUCGUCGCCCGCUGGGAAAGCAUCUAGAUAUCCUAUCUUAUUGUCGUAAAUCUACG